AUGGAGCGGCUCGGGCCUUGGUCCAACACCACCGGGGACGCCGAAACACUUGUCGUCGCCACCUUCGAUUACCCUCCGUUCACCUUCGUAAGCCCGGACCAGCCGGGCGUGGUCACCGGCUACCUCAAGGAGCUGCUGGAGAUCCUGGCAGAGGAGGUGGGCGUCUCGCUGGUGUACGACACAAACAACACGGUGGGCGACUUUGGCGUGCAGCGGCCCGACGGCACGUACAGCGGACUGGUCGGCAGGCUGGUCAACAAGACGGCGCACAUUGCCCUGGCGCCGCUGACCUACCGGAGGACGCGCCGAGACGUGAUCGACUACAUCGGGCACGUGCCGGUGGCCACCCAGCGGUUCGACUUCCUCGUGCCCGGACAGAAGCGCGCCUCUCUGACCAACGUCCACUCGCUGCUGAAGCCGUUCGACAUCGGCGUCUGGAUCUGCCUCGUGGUGGGUAUGCUGCUGGCGGCCGUGCUGCUCCGGCUGACCGUGUCACUGGCCCGGCCCCGACACCCGGAGGAGGCCGGCACGUUCGGCGUCAUCUCCAGCUUCCUGCACGUCUACGCCUGCGUGGUGCAGCAGGGCUGGUCGAGCACGCCGACGCGCUGGUCUCCGUGGCUGGUGAUGAUGGCUGCCCGCCUGAUGAGCUACAUCGUCUACGUCGAGUACACGGCCACGCUGGUAGCCGUGAUGACUGUACUGCAGACCCGGACGGAGGUCGGCUCCGUGCAGGAGUUCGUCGAGCGCAGCGACUGGACGCUGCUCAUGCAGAGGGGCGUGGCCUACAGCUCCGACUGGAAGACGGAUCCCGAUCCUUCCCUGAGGAAGAUCGCUCAGCGAAUAAAAGCCAACGAGGGCAUGAAGUUACUAACAGCCAACACGUCAUACCAAAUGCUGGACGCUAAAACGGUCACAUCGUUUGACCUAAAACAGGGCUCAAAUCUCAAUGACUUUAACUGA